GUUAAAAUUUUGUUCUACGAGUACCUACAUCACGUAAACUGUUAGAAGUGAAUGAUAAGUAAUUGAUUUACUUUAGAAAAGUGAUUUGAAGGUAGUUACUAGAUCGUUGUUAACGCACACAAGUUUUUCGUACUUUGCUGUUUGUAGCCCGUUUCGUAACUUCCCGGGAAGUAAAUUGGUUAAUUGACGUAUUUGUGGACGCAUGCGCUGGAAUAGCGCGCGAAGUGAGCCGCACCGUAAGUGGCUGAGUUCUGUACAGCACGGUUUCGGUCAGAGCCCGCAGUCGCUCGGGGUCCGUGCUCGCACAGUGCCGUCAAGUGUCAUUCCCUGGUGUAUCCGACCCAGAGACGCCGGUCCGCCGACUCUUUAAAACUAACUACACUUCCUAUAAUCGAGUUGGCAUGCCUGGGGGCUUGCUGAGCGGUGGGUCGUACACAUCGCUGGAUCAGGUGUACAGAGGUACAACGUUGCCAAAAAAAAAGGCAGACGCAAAGAAAAUGCUGCGUUUAAAAGCGGUGGCCAAGAAGAAGUUCAAGCCGUUGGUUGACCAGAGCGGGUCUGACAUGACCGAGGUCCUCACCAAGAAUAACUUUGACGAGGACGAAAAGAAGGAUCCGGAGAAAAUGCCAUCCAUGAAUGCUGAGGAGACCGCUCUGCUGGGCAUGGACGACAUCGAGCUGAAGAACAUCCAGCUGGUGUUCCCUUCGGCGCGGCGCUUCAGCGACGGCGCGUGCGCCGAGACGCGCGUGCGCACCGACCGCGGCGAGCUGUGCGUCGCCGUGCAAGGCGACCGCGCCAAGCCCGCCAUACUCACCUACCACGAUCUGGGGCUCAACUAUGUGUGCUUCCAACCGUUCUUCAACUUCGUGGACAUGCGCGCGCUGCUGGAGAACUUCUGCGUGUACCACGUGAACGCGCCGGGGCAGGAGGAGGGCGCGCCCAGCCUGCCGGAGGACUACGUGUACCCGACCAUGGACGAGCUGGCCAACCAGCUCAACUACGUGCUGGGCCACUUCGGGAUCAAGUCCUUCAUCGGGUUCGGCGUCGGCGCCGGCGCCAACAUCCUCGCUCGCUUCGCUCUCGCUCACCCUACUAAGGUGGAUGCGCUGGCGCUGAUCAACUGCACGGCGAGCCAGGCGGGCUGGAUCGAGUGGGCCUACCAGAAGAUGAACAGCCGCUCGCUGCGCGCGCGCGGCAUGACGCAGGGCGUGCUCGACUACCUCAUGUGGCACCACUUCGGACGCUUCCCUGACGAGCGCAACCACGACCUGGCUCAGAUGUACCGCAUGUACUUCACGCGCAACGUCAACCCCACCAACCUGUCGCUGCUCAUCGACGCUUACGCGCGCCGCUCGGACCUCGGCAUCGGCCGCGACGCCGAGACCCUGCGCCCGCCCGUCCUCAACAUCACCGGCGCGCUGUCGCCGCAUCAGGAGGACACGGUCGCCUUCAACGCACGCCUGGCGCCCUCCACCUCCACCUGGAUGAAGAUCUCCGACUGCGGGAUGGUGCUGGAGGAGCAGCCGGCCAAGAUCUCGGAAGCGUUCCGCCUGUUCCUGCAAGGCGAGGGCUACGCGCUGAAGCUGCGGGUGCGCGCGCCAGCUAGUUCCGUCCCGACCCUUGCGUAGACACCUCGCGCCUCUGUCGCCGACGAAGAUCGUCGCGUUCCGGCGGCUGUCGGACGCCGCCGAGCGCCGGCGCUCGUGCCGCCACUCGCCCGUCAUCCGCAUCACCGAGAACCCCAUCUCCGAGGCCGUGGUCUGCUAGGCGCCCGGGCCGGCUCGCGCGAGCGGAGAGCGGAGCACACCCUGUAAAUACAUUGGCGAUUUCGAUUUUUUCCCCGUAUUUAACCCGACGAUGCGGAUAGUUGGCUUCGGAGAUGCCGUACGUUUGGAGGUGCCUGUACCUGGAGGGCCCGUCGAGCCGCUGCGCGCAGCAGCCGCUGGCGCGCUGCGUGGUGCUGCUGGCGCUGCCGCCGCGAGCCGCCGCGAGCCAAGCCGCGCGCAGCUCGCUGGCGCUAAUUCGCUCGCUGCUCCGCUCGCUGCUCGGCGUGCUGUUCUGUUUCAAUAACCUCCGACGUUUAUUCACUAUUAAGUAAGCGCGGGUGGCGCUGCGGCGGCAGUCUGUGGUGUCUGCAACGAAAUUAUAUCAUGACGAUGGUAGCGCGUGCAAUAUCAAAAAUAUGUUUCUUUCUAUCGCGAUCUUUAUAACGAACUGUACUGACGCCAGUAUGUUUGUGAACAGCGCCACCUGCUUUUUUAUUUUUUUCUCAUUUUUUAGAUGUAAGUUAUUUUAUUAAGUUUCCAAAUUUUGUGUGACCGCCUUCCCCUGGGGUUUGAAUGAAAGUGUUUGAAUUAUGCGCGUGAGUGUGCUGCGACCGGCAGGCCGGCCGUCUGAGACGGAAUAAUUUAGUUUUAAUAUAUAUAUCGUGUCGCAGCACCACGCUUACGAGAAUGUGAGGAACGAUAAUAUAAAAAAGGAACCAAAGAUAAUGUAAGUGUACAUAUCCGGAAACGCGCGGGCCGACCCAGUGAGUUGAAGUUAUAUCAGGUGUUAUAAGUUUAAGGAAUUUUUAUUAGAACACACUGACUCACUGACUAUACUAUUACUGUAAUGAUAUACCACUAUCGAGCAUUUAUCGUUAUUCGGUUAGGCUAUCGUCACAUUGGUGUUACUUCAUGCAAGUGUGCGAGGAUCGGCGUGGAUGGUGACUAGAGAUAGAUACGAGGGCUGCGGCGCAUCGCCGCGCGGCCCGCUCGGAGCAGCUGCCAUGACAAUCGAGCAAUUUCCAAUUCAAAAUCGAAGGUUAUUUAUUUGAUUAACUUUUCUAACAAUCUCAUCAACUUCCAUUUGGUUAUUAAAGCUGUAUUUAUAUGUGAACGAACCUUUCUCGCGGCAGCUGCGCGGGCGCGGCGCGCUCCGCCGCCGGGUGCUAUGCUAAGACCAAGACAGUUUUUUGAGAUCGAUCAUUUAAUGACGAGUGUUUUGGAUAUAUUUUCGCUUAGUUUUUUUAAAACGCCUAUUGUACGUCACCUUUUUAAAUAUACUUAGUUUAAUAUUGAUUUUAAAAAAUUGUAAAUCACGGCCUGUACUGUGUAACGGAGUGUUGUGAGUGAUUUAGUUUUGUUUAUCAGUAUUAUUCCCGGGUGAUCACCCUUCUGUUCGGCCGCUUGUAGCCGUUAGCUUGCGCCGCGAGGCCGGUAGCGACGCUUUGUAGAAAUACAAUAAGCGCAUUACGUUCUUAGAUACUACUUACAUUUUAUCAACUUGUAAUUGUUUUGUAGUGAUUCGACUCUAAGUUUACUGAUUUGUGUAAAUUUAAU